UAAUUGAAAAGAUGGCGACGAAACUGAUUAUAGACGUGGAUACUGGCGUUGAUGAUUCAAAAGCAUUAAUGCUUGCUCUUUCGAGAUCUGACGUUGACAUUUUGGCUAUCACGUGCGUAAAUGGUAAUGUUGAUAUUGACAACGUAUGUAGAAAUACUCUGAGGGUCCUGAAAGUUUGUGAUCGACUAGAUAUACCGAUUUAUAAGGGAGCAUGUAGGUCAAUGGUAGGCAACAGAAAGCCUGCAGAUGCACACGGCGCUGACGGACAAGGUGACCUGAUGAAUCCUAUACCUGUUGACAUGUAUCUAAUUAAAUCAGAACAUGCAGUGAAGGCCAUCUUGAGAAUUACCGACGAGAACCCUGGGGAAAUUACCCUGAUAGCUGUUGCACCGUUAACAAAUAUUGCCUUGGCUUUACGUCUUGAUCCAGACUUUGGCGGAAAGUUAAAAGAGGUAUUCAUAAUGGGAGGGAACAUUGAAGGACGAGGAAAUAUAAGUUUAGGUGCAGAAUACAACUUCUACGCAGAUCCGGAAGCAGCAUAUAUCACACUGCAAGAGCUGAAGUGUCCAGUAAACCUAUUGUCUUUGGAAGCAGCAGAAGCAAAUGGAUUUAAAUGGGAAUGGUAUGACAGAUGGGUCAAUAUGGAUACCAGAAAGAGUCGAUUUAUUAAAGCUUUCUCCAGCAAAAAAAGUCGUUAUUGCAAGACACUCCUAAAGCACCCAAAAUAUUCACCGUACGAUCUGCUGACAAUGGCAACUGCUAUUGACCAAACAGUUAUAACUGAUUCUGUUGACAAAUGGUGUACUGUUGAGAUUGGAGGUGAUCAUACAAGAGGCCAGCUAGUCAUUGAUUGGACAGGUAAAAUGGGAAAUAAGCCGAAUGUAAAGAUAAUCAAGAAAGUCAACACAGAUAAAGUCAAAUCAUAUUGCAUGUCCAUGGUUAUGUGA